AUGGCAACAUCCAACGCCCGCGUGCUCGCGCAGCCCCUCAGGCUCGCCUGCAUCCAACUCGCCUCCAACACCGACAAAGCCGCGAACCUGUCGCACGCGCGGGACCUAGUCCUCGAAGCAGCCCGCGAAGGCGCAAAGCUCGUCGUGCUGCCCGAAUGCUUCAACUCGCCCUACGGAUGCGACUUCUUCCCCUCCUACGCCGAGACCCUGCUCCCGCACCCGCCCUCCGCAGAGCAAUCCCCCUCAUACCACGCCCUGUCGUCCAUGGCCGCCGAAGCAGGCGUCUUCCUCGUCGGCGGCUCGAUCCCCGAAGCCGACCCCGACCCCGCGACGAAAAAAUACUAUAACACGAGCCUGACCUUCGGGCCGGAUGGAGCACUGCUAGGCACCCAUCGAAAGGUGCAUUUGUUUGACAUCGACAUCCCGGGGAAGAUCAAGUUCAAGGAAAGCGACGUGCUGUUCCCAGGGAACAAAGUAAGCAUCAUCGAGCUCCCGGGGUACGGCAAGAUCGCCGUGGCCAUCUGCUACGACGUGCGGUUCCCGGAACUCGCGACGAUCGCCGCGCGACAGGGGUGUUUCGCGCUGAUCUACCCGGGGGCGUUCAACACGACGACAGGGCCGCUUCACUGGUCACUGCUAGGACGGGCCAGAGCCAUGGAUAACCAGCUGUACGUGGCGCUGUGCAGUCCGGCGCGAGACGUGAAGGCGGCGUAUCCGGCGUACGGACACACGAUGAUUGUGGAUCCGAUGGCGGAGGUGUUGGAUGAGGCUGGGGAGGAGGAGGGGAUUGUUAGUUGGGUGCUGGAUGGGGAUAUCAUCAGGGAUACGAGGAGGAAUAUCCCGCUUUCGACGCAGAGACGGUUCGAUAUCUAUGCGGCUAUCAGCAAGGGAUAUGCAUAG